AACAGGGUGAAGAUCAGUGAAGAUUGUCACGAAUGGUGGCGCAGUGCAGAGAUUAGUGCCGCACAUCGUGAAUUCAUUGAUUCUGUAGGAUAGGUAACAAAUGGCAAAGUCAAAUCAGAGUGGCCGUUCACCACGUAUUGCGAUUCGUAAUUUAAAAAUGGCCACGAGGAUGACAGUACGGCUGCACCCGAAUCGGUUUCAUUUCACGAUUCUAUUUCUCUUCCUUCUAUCCGCACUACGUGUUGAUGCCAAAGGCACGAAAUACGUAACCUGCGGUUCAGUUUUGAAACUACUUAACGUUGGGUCAAAUGUACGCCUGCAUUCGCACAGUAUAAAGUAUGGAACUGGGAGCGGACAGCAAUCUGUAACAGCAACGGAAAUCCAGGAAGAUGGUAACUCACAUUGGCUCAUCAAGGCAGAAACUGAAAAGCAAUGCACACGAGGAAAACCAAUAAAAUGCGGAGAUAUUGUAAGAUUGGAGCAUUUGGCAACUAAGAAGAACUUGCAUUCGCAUCACUUUAGUUCACCACUCAGUGCCAAUCAAGAGAUAUCAGCGUAUGGAGAUGAAAAAGGAGAUGGUGACACAGGAGAUGACUGGCAAGUUGUUUGCCAAGACGAAUUCUGGGAGAGAGAUGGGACAAUAAUGCUCAGGCACAUCGAUACUAAUGUCUUUUUGUCGAGCAGCGACCGAACUUACGGUAAUCCUAUCACAGGGCAAGUUGAAGUUGUUGGCACGUACACAGCGAUAGGCGAUAAUUCUAAUUGGAAAUCUAUGGAAGGUCUCUUCAUACAUCCUAAUGAUUUCAAGGCACAUCAUUCGUAUCACCACACUGAACUGUAAAUGAAAUUGGAUCUUGCGUGAUUUGAACUAGAAGUAAUGUACCGAGGUUCCACUUUGCUGCAAUUACCUUGAUGUGCAUCUGUGACCGUAAUACCUGUGUUCUUUAUCCUGUCCAUUUCUAUCGGUAAUUUCCAUACCAGCUGCAAGUGGGGCUUAAAACUGGCAGUAUACAAGUGUAUUUAUUACAUAAACAUUAUUUAUUUUACAGCACAGGAAUAAACCAAAAGCAACUUAA